AUACAUAUCAUGGUCUAUCAUCAUUUAUUUGGAAAAGUGAGAUUAAGAAUAUAUUUUGAUGAGUUGAUAAUAAGUGUAAUGAAAUAAGGAAAAUUUUUGCACGAGUGAGGAUGAUUAGUUGGCAGCGAUGGGCUCAUGUCUGGGCGGCGUUGAAUACUGAUGGAUCGGUGAUUGGAGUGCAGGGUGUGACAGCAACGUGCGGGAUUGUACGAGAUAGCAAUGGCAGAUUUUUCAGGGCGUUCGCGGCUAACUUGGGAGGAGGAUCAAUCACCCAUGCUAAGCUGGCAGGAAUAGUGUACGAGUUUCAGGUGGCUUCGGAUGCAGGGCUUCGACAGGUUAUUUUGUAGACCGACUCGAGAACGUCGAUCCAUUUGUUGCAGUCGGAGUCAGCUACAAGUCCGCAUGGAGCAAUGAUUGAUGCAGAGAGACGAAUCCUCCAGCAGGAUUGGGAGGUACAAAUCACCCAUGUUUACCAGGAGAGCAAUUAUGUUGCUGACCACUUGGCCUCUGUUGGUCAGUCAUUACCCUUUGAAGUUAAUAUUUUUGAGGCACCUAGCCCCAUGUUUAGUUAUUGGAUGUAUUUUGAUAACGUUGGAGUUCAAACUCCUCGUCUUAUUAAUGAUUAAGGGUUAGAGCGCCCCUCUGCGCUCUGUUUCUCACAAAAAAAAAAAGGAAAAUUUUCAAGCUAUAGACUAAUUUAAAAUGCAUUUUAUUAGAAAUUAUAUAAUUUUAUAAAUGUAAAAGAUAUGGUCUCGGCGGGGCUCGAACCCGCGACUUUCGGCUCAUAAGACCAACGCUCUAACCAACUGAGCUACGAGACCAACGAGAAUUCAAAAGCUUAAUUAUUGAUUUUGUUUUUUUUUUAUAGUUUUCUUAUUUUUUUAACUCAAUAUAAAGAUAAUUAUGCAUGGCAAGUAUACAAUAUUUUUAUCUACUAGUUUAAGGUUCGGCCUGUUGGCAAGAAGAACCUAAUUUGACAAGUGAAAGGUUAAUAAUUUAGAUUUUGUGUGAUGAUUUACAACAAGAAAAAUAUAUAAAGCGAUAAUCACCUUUGUAACACAUAAAAUAAUUAAAGAAUAUCGCAUUGAGUUAAAAUGAAUAAUUUUAGGUUUGGCUUUCUAUUCAAUAUAGUUUGUCCGCUAUUGCAUAUAUUAAGAGGAAGCUUGAACAUUUGCUCCAAUGUCUUUUUGUUGUAAAGAAAAUUGAUCGAUUGGUUAGCCUAGUCAAUACAGUAUAAUAUGAGCAAAUCAAUUCACUAAAACCAAACUCACUACAAUAUUUCAAAGAAUCAACCAAAUCCGAGAUCCAUCCGUCUUUCCAUAAUUUCUCACACCAGAACCAACCUCAAUCCAACUUUUCACAUACUACCUCGGUCCUAAGUAUUUUGAAUGAAGUUUUGCAUGAGCGUGAUUUACGAUGUGAUAAGAGAUGAUUUGUGGCAAAAUGAAUUCAUUACGUUCACUGAAUUUUAACCAGGGGCGAAGCUACACUCAAGCUAGGGUGCCCCCUCGGGAUUGGUUCCGACCCUUAGGAUUGUAAGGAUAUUUAGUACAAAUUUUAUACGUAGAACUUGUUCCGUAAAUUCUAUUGUGUAAUAGUCAUGUGGUCUAGUGUUAGACAAGCAUGACUUGUUUUUUAAAGCACAUGGGUUCGAUCCACCUUGGCUACAUACAUUUUGUUUAAUUAUUUUCGGACCCCCGAUCUCGAAAUCUUGGCUCCGCCCCUGAUUUUAACUAAAAAGUUUGACAAAAUUUUGAAAUCAAACUUGUAUUCACCAUUUCAAAGGUAAAACUUUAUUUGGGUCACCACAUUUUUUUCUUAUUAACCACAAUAGCAAAGGGUUACAUAAGUAUAGUGCACUAAUUCCCAAAGCACAACAAUGGAAAAAAUAGGUAUAACUGAUCAAACAUUGUCUUCGACAAUAGAAGUAGCAAAAUAGUUAUUCUGGUAGUUCAUCGAGAAGAGACAAAACCAUUGGGCGAUGCGAGUGCAGAGGAAUCGAGCGAGAUAAUUUAGACCAGACCAUAACUACUUGAUUGAAAUCCAUUCUAUUCGCCAUGGAUUCAUAUCGGAGUUGAAAUCUUCUUAUUGCCCAACUUAAAUCCCCAAGAAUAAAAGUGCAAUGCCAAG